AGGUGUAACGAAGUGUUCUGGACAGAUCUGAAAAAAGAAAGAUGUUCCCGUAGCAAUGGACUCUGAUCCCUUAGAAAGAUAAAAACUGAAAAGUGGUAUUCCAGACCAUGUAUAUUCCCAGCUAAAGUGGGUGCAGUCUUGAUCUCCUUUGUCAAAGAAUUGUCUUGUGAAAUCCAUUAAGUAGAAACAUUUCAGUGGUACAUUUGCCUAAACUCUUGCCAAGAAGAGAGCUGGAAAAAACAUGUAAAAGAACAGCAAGAGAUUAGAUCUAGCAUUUAACAAGCUCCAUUAUUAUUUUGUUGAAGGUAAACCUGCAACAAGAUGCAUUAAUGAACCAUUUUGUAAUGACGUCAAAUUAGCCCAAGAUCUUAAAUGAGCCUUUCUUUGACUUUUUAUCAGAUCUAAUUUAGAUAAAAUAAAUUUACAAAGGGUCUGCAUGAUGGGAAGCAGCCUGACCUCAUUAGGAAUUGUUUGGGCAUUUCUGUCCUUUAUCUCUGCAGCUGCUUGUUGUACCGGUUAUUUCAUGCCAUACUGGCUGUUUGGCUUUCAGCUGGGAAAAGCAGUGUCAUUCGGAACAUUCCGAAGAUGCACAUACCCCAUAAGGACAGAUCAGAAGAGUUUGAUGAUGGUGGAGGAAUGUGGGCGGUAUGCCAGUUUUACAGCCAUCCCAAGCCUUUCUUGGCAAAUCUGCAGUGUGGUUACAGGGAUUGGAUGUGCACUGCUUCUGUUGGUGGCUAUGGCUGGAGUCCUGGGAUGCUGUAUGAAGGAUUUAAUCUCCAGGACAGUGGGGCGAUUUAUGGGAGCUGUUCAGUUUGUUGGAGGGCUUUUGAUAAGUUCUGGCUGUGCAUUGUACCCUUUGGGAUGGAAUAGCCCAGAAAUACAACAGGCAUGUGGUAACACCUCUCAACAGUUCCAUCUAGGGUCCUGCAGAUUGGGCUGGGCGUAUUACUGUACUGGAGCUGGAGCUGCUGCUGCAAUGCUGAUCUGUACUUGGCUCUCUUGCAUCGCCGGGAAGCUGCAUAAACAGUCCAACUAUUAACCACUUACCUCUGUAGUACCACAUAAAGGUUGAAGUUGUGGACAGUGCUCUUACACAAUUAAGGGCCAACUAUUUUGUCUUUUUGUAAUUUAUAGAGAGAAGCUUCUUCAAGUCAAAAAUGCGCAUGUCAUAUUUGAGAAGGGCAGCAGAUUGUGCUAAAAAGGAAAAUUAGUGAAGGAAGCUGUUAAUCCCUAAAAACAGAAUUAUGUAAUAGGUUGGUAGUUGUAUUUAGUGAAGUUUCACAGUGUUGUGAAGGGAAUGUAAAGCUACUCAAAGUCCAAAGACACUUGACACUGUGAUAUCAAAACAAGACAUGUGGUAUGGGAUAUCUGUUUGUUCUUGUCUUCUGGAAACUGCAUUUCAAAAGCAUAAUUAUUUAAUUGCUGUCUUGUCUGUGUAAGGCUUCUGUCAUUGCUGCCAUCUGCUGUCCAUUCCUGAUGUGUGCUGGGGGAAAAAAAAAUGCAUUAUUUGAAUGUAAAACGCAUGUGUCUUGUAACAAACAUUAAGUAUCAAACACUUUUAGUUUCCUUGCUUAUUUUCCUUCCCUACUGUUGCACAUAUGCAUGUUCUUUGUCCUGACUAAAUAAAUAACAAUGUGUCACUAACUUCUGUUUACUAUAUCAUGUCUGCGACUGAUUCUGGUGUCUUCUGAAAUGAAUGUGAGGUGAAAUUGUACAAAGGAUUUUUGCCAGUUCCAGUAUAAAAUUAUUCUGUAAUUGGCUAAUUUUGUUACAGACCUCAUGAAUUGUGCAUAAAGACAAAAAGCUGUAUUGGAUUAAAACUUUAUUGCAAAAAAUUCUGAAAAUGUCAAUGUAUAUGAAAUGGUAUAAUGCAAUUAUUAGAACAUGCUUAUACAAGCAUAUUCUGAAUUUACAUCCUGAUUAGGUAUGCAUAGAUUUCAGUAUUUGGUUCUCGAAAUAUAAUUUCCUUUCAAAGUGUUUUUCUCUGUAAACUCCCAUUUUAAUGUGAUGUGAUGUGGGCUUUAUUAAAAAAGUUAUUUCUCUGGUA